ACUCCUCCAUCGACGAGUCCUCCCAUUGACGAGACAAAAUGCAGGGAGCAUACACCCACGAGAAACUCGCUCCCCAAGCUCAGGGACGUCAAUUGUCCACCCGUCCCCGCCGUCGUCUUCGUAUCUGGCUUUCCGCGUUACCCAGUCUCCUCGUGAUCCUCUCCCUCUUCUCCCUCUACUCUGACACAAUCGACACUCUGAGCUACGAAUCCAAGCCUACCCUCUCCUGGAUAAUGCGUCACCUCGCUGGUCCCGGUCCCUGGGUCCCGGCGAAGGGGAUUGGAAUUGGCUAUGAUGUCCCCCCUUUUUGUGAGGUCGAGCAGGUUCAUAUGGUUAGUCGUCAUGGUGAACGAUACCCCACCGGAAACGACUUCCAUCGUAUCGAGGAUUUGUUCAACCGUGUGAAGAAGGCGAUGAAGGAGGGUGUUAAAGCUCAGGGGGAUUUUGGGUUUCUGAACACCUACGAGACUCCAAUUUUUGCUCCGGACCUCCAAGUCGAACAACUUACCCUCUCUGGACCCUAUGCCGGUUCCGCCGACCUCUUCCGCCGUGGUGCCCUCUUUCGUGCUCGCUACCAACAUCUCCAUAACGUUACAUCCUCAACAAAGCACAAAGUGUUCGCGUCAGACGAUAACCGCGUCAUCGAUUCCGCCAAGUACUUCAUUCAAGGCUUCUUUGGGCUGCAUUACGAGGACACGGCUAACCUGGUCGUGAUCCCCGAGGACCCAGAGUUGGGUGCGGACAGUCUCACACCCGCUCCAGCAUGUCCCAAAUGGAGCGGCAGCGCCGGCGCAGAAGCAAGUCAAGCCUUCGAGAAAACCUACGAAGGUCCCAUCGCUGAUCGCCUCAACGACAUGUCCCCCGGCUUCAACUUCACCCACCAAGACGUCGUGAUCAUGCAAGAUCUCUGCGGUUACGACCUAAAUAUCCUUGGUAUCUCGCCCUGGUGCCAGAUCUUUACGCAGGAAGAAUGGUUGCUGCAUGAAUAUACACGUGAUGUGUGGGCCUACUAUCACUCUGGGUAUGGACAGAGUGUUAAUCGAGAUGGGGCUUUGGGGGUGCCGUGGGCGCUCGCCACAACCGACUUAUUGAAGCAGGGCAGUGAUGCAGGAAGCCUUUUUUUUCAGUUCACCCACGAUACCGACGUCCUGACCUUCCUCAGCGCAUUCGGAUUGUUUAACGAUUCGGCACCGUUGCCAAAGGACCAGAUGCCGUAUAACAGGAACUUUCGUUCUGCUGAGAUUAUUCCAAUGGGCGGACACAUGGUCAUUGAACGACUCGCAUGUACGCACGCCAACCCUCCCUCUCCCAAAUACAAGAAGGACGAUCCCUCCUAUUUCGUCCGCAUCCUCGUUAACGACGCCUUGAUCCCCCUUGGCCCAUCUACAACUGGACAGUGUUCUUCGGGACCUGGGUUCUCAUGCCCCUUAGAUGAGUUUGUGGAGAUUAUGGAGAAGAAGUCGGAGGAGGUUGGGACUUUUAGUGAAAGGUGUGGGGUUGAGAGGCCGGAUAAGAUUACGUUCUUGACGCAGGAUUAAAAGUGGGACGGCACAGCCGAGGAAUACCUGAUUAUACCAAUCUGUUGGGGCGGAACUGUAAGAUAGAGUAAGGUGACUGAUGUAUGCCGUAAGGAGCGAAAAUUUGCUCCAGAGUGGAUUCGUAUCGAUGCGGUUUCCUGACUGAUCGUGUAUCGGCCGUCGUUGCGCGACGCAGCUGGCUAGUCCACCGGCAAAUUCCCACAGUUCGUGGGACCGCGCUAGCCUUCAUGAGAUUUUUCAACAGCUCUCAUGAAAAACGUUCCCAAAAAGCAGAAUUACUAUUACUAUAGAGAUAACCAGAGCUCCCUUUGCAUGCCCAGCUGAAAGGCGAGGAUGCAAGGAUUUCUUCCGAAAC